UUUCUCUGCCAAUCAAAUGUUUACCCUGAAGUUGGUUCCUCCUAUCCCUUCUACCCUGGGACUAACUGGUCAGUUCUGUGUUAAGGAGUCCCACACCGAAAGACCUGCACCAAAGAAUGUGAAUAAAGCCUGUUGAAAUCCAUCACAAGCAUUAGUCCUUAGUGAAGAAAUGGAAGUGCAGGACCAGGAAUCUCUGGGGAGAUGGGACGGACUCGGCAGCCGGGAUGCCAGCUCCAGAACUGCAGCUAUGGAGAACAUUCACCAGGAGGUCAUGAGGAAAGUGGAGGCUAUAGGCCCGAUACCAGCGCAGGCCCCCUUACCCCUUGCCUCGGGAAGCCCCGCCACUAGUGACCUGAAUGACAUCCUGGCUCACCUCCUCAUGCUGUCCAAACGCUGUCCCUUUGAAGAUGUCAGAGAGCGGAGCAUUCGACUGCUCCGGGCCAUCCAGGACUUGGGAGUAAGGAUCCCAAGACCCCUUGGUAACGGACCAAGCAGAUUUAUCCCCGAAAAAGAGAUUCUUCAAGUCAGUAAAGUGGACACCAGAACGCAGUCGAUAUUUGAGGAUGCGUUUGCAGCCCUCGGUCGCCUUGAUAACAUUUCCCUCGUGAUGGGCUUCCACCCACAGUACCUGGAGAGUUUUCUCCGGACGCAGCAUUACCUGCUGCAGAUGGAUGGACCCCUGUCUUUGCACUACCGACACUACAUCGGCAUCAUGGCGGCAGCUAGACACCAGUGUUCCUACCUGGUCAACCUGCAUGUGAAUGACUUCCUCCAGGUCGGUGGUGAUCCUAAGUGGCUUAACGGCCUGGAUGAAGCUCCGCAGAAGCUCCAGCAGCUCGGCGAGCUCAACAAAAUCCUGGCCCACCGACCUUGGCUUCUCACCAAGGAACACAUUGAGCACCUUCUGAAGGCUGAGGAACACAGUUGGUCCCUUGCAGAGCUGAUUCAUGCCGUCGUCCUCCUCACACACUACCACUCCCUCGCUUCAUUCACCUUCGGCUGUGGCAUCUCACCCGAGAUUCACUGUGACGGUGGACACACGUUCAGACCCCCAUCCCUAAGCCAGUACUGCGUCUGUGACAUCGCCAAUGGCAACAGUCACGCUAAUCACCAUGACGAUCUGUUUGGCAACCAGGAGUUGUGUGGCGAGGUGGAGGUGCUGAUGGAGCGAAUGAAGCAGCUGCAGGAGUGUCGUGAUGAUGAGGAGGCCAGCCAGGAGGAAAUGACUACUCGCUUUGAGAGGGAGAAGACAGAGAGCAUGCUUGUGGUCACAGCUGAGGAUGAGGAGUGUGUCCCCUCCAGAGACAUCUCCCGCCACUUUGAGGACCCCAGCUAUGGCUAUAAGGACUUCUCCAGGCGUGGGGAGCAUGUGCCCACCUUCAGAGUCCAGGAUUACAGCUGGGAAGACCACGGCUUCUCUCUGGUCAACCGACUGUAUCCUGAUGUCGGACAGAUGCUGGACGAGAAGUUCCAGAUGGCCUACAACCUGACCUACAACACCAUGGCAACUCACAAGGAUGUGGACACCAGUAUGCUGCGCAGGGCCAUCUGGAACUACAUCCACUGCAUGUUCGGCAUCAGAUAUGAUGACUAUGAUUAUGGUGAGAUAAACCAGCUUCUGGACCGUAGCUUUAAGAUCUAUAUAAAGACCAUGGUGUGUAGUCCUGAGAAGACCACCAAACGAAUGUAUGAGAGUUUCUGGAGGCAGUUUCAGCACUCCGAGAAGGUCCACGUUAAUCUGCUUCUUAUGGAAGCGCGAAUGCAGGCAGAACUGUUAUACGCUCUGAGAGCGAUCACCCGCUACAUGACAUGAAGUGCUUUUUGGCGUUUUUCUUGUUGUCUUUUUACUGUCAUUGUUGUUCGUUAUGGGACACUUCAAGAAGAAAAAAAAAGAAAAUUAACGGGGGAAAUUCAGUGCAAGAGAUGUGAGAAGACCUGUGUUGUGAUGAUGCUUGUCCUGGUGUUUAUGGAUGUUGAAAAGAGGAUCAGAACAAAUGAAAGCAAGAAAAAAAGAAAGCAAGAACUGAACUCAUCUCAAACUACCAGUGGAUGCACAAACUGUUUGUGUUGCCUGCAGUGCCAAAACUGACCAAGAGAGGGCAGCCUGGAGCAAACUCCUCUCUUGGGGAGAAUGUGCCAGGCCUAUGCAUUGACACCGGACAGACACAGAAUGACUUUUCAGUAUUCCAGCUUGCAACACAUCGGUUGCCAAUCUCUUCUGCCUCCUUCAAAAGAGUAAAGGCCCACAGAAAAUCCCCAGAAAGCUGUGCAGCCACAACCAGUCUGCACUUUGAUUCUGUUGUCACUGUUAUAUUUGUUUAGUUUCUUUAAUAUCUUUUUAUUUCAUUUUAUAUUAAGAUAAGUGGAUGUUGUUGUUGUUGUUGAUGUGGUAACUGGAGGUAGAAGCAUAACUUUGGACGGUGUUUUUACGUGUGCCUGAACUAUCCAGCACAGUGGUCAUACGUGCUGAUGCUGCUGCUCCCAUGUUGUAUUCAGCAGGGUCAUAUUGACCUCUAAAUCACCCCCUACCCAAACCUGUUUUAUCCCUUACACCCCUAUCCAUUAGAAGUCCACUGCAUUACCCCCAUCCCUGUGAUCCUGUACUUCUCAAAACCCCCCAAUCCAAAUCUCAAAUGUCAAUGUAAGCUAAUCCAAGGAGUGUGUGAAAAUCAGAGAGGUGUGGAGAGAAACUCAAAGAACACUGUCUGAGCCCUUUUGAGUUUGACUGUGUAUGAGUGGAUGAGUCCAUGUCCAUGACUGAGGUGUGUGUGUGUGUGCGUGUGUUUCACAGAAAUGAUGGAGAUAAAAAGUACGUCUUUGAAUUUCAUGUGUCAAAAAAAGCGAGGCACUUUGAAGGAAAAACUUCUUGCUUCUGCUGUAGCUGUUAUUGUGAGAAAACUGUUUAUCAUUUGUUGAUGAUAAUGAUGAUGAUGUCUUUGUUUUUUUCUGGUAAUAGGGAAAAAAAGAAAAAAAUAAUCAAAAAGAAAGUUUAAAAACCAGGUUUUGCAGGAGGGAUUUGCUUCCGGUUUCCCAAACCACACCUAUCUGUCUUCCGCUUAUCCCAGCUGCCUGGUCACCCCGACACUUUCAAAGCUUCAGAUUGUGAAUUUACCAGUAAAUGAAUACCUCUUCUGUUUUCUCUAUAAAACUUAUAAGAAGUGCUCUUUGGUUGAGCAGAGACUCUUUUUCUGGGCGGCCAUGUUCCCAUUGCUAGGGGACUGUGUCAGCCCACACAGGGCCGCUUGCGGUCGAUAACUGUCGAACGCAAAAGGUUGUAGCUGUGCUUAUUUCCCUGCUGGGGAAGUCUAACCAGUGCAAAAGCAGCUUUUUUAUUUUAAUCAGAGGUAUGAUUCCUCUGUUAUUUUGUUUUUUGUUUACUAAAACCAGUAAAGUACUGCAUUCUUCUGAGGGUGGAUUGAGAGAUUUGGACAGAUGAAUGAGUGAUUACAGAUGACAAUGAGGAGGAGGAGGGUGAUUAUUAUGGAAUGGUACAUUUGGAAGUGGUUUGAGAGGAAGUAGAGGUUUUUCUGAUGUCAGUUACUGACACUUUUUUAUAUGAAAUUUAUGAAAAAGAUGAAAAAAUAAACCAUGAUAUUGAA